UUCACACUGAGGAUAGGCCGUUCAGCUGCUCCGCGUGUGGAAAGGGAUUCACUGACUCAUUCACCCUGCUGACACACCAGUGAGUUCAUACAGGGGAGAGGCCAUUCACGUGCUGUGUAUGUGGGAAGGGAUUCAGUACAUCGUCCAGCCUGCUGAGACACCAUGUCACCCACACCAAUGAGAGACCUUUUAAAUGCUCUGACUGUGGGAGUUUUUUCAAAGCUCUUGGGGCCUGAUGGUUCACCAGCGCAUUCACACUGAGGAGAGACCAUUCAGCUGCUCUUGCUGUGCGAAGAGAUUUAGAACAUCGUCCAACCUGCAGGCACACCAGCGAGUUCACAAGUGACUGCAGGGGUUGGAUUCUGCUGCUAUUGCUGCUGUUAAUCACAUCCAGGACUGAUCCAUGUUCAUUCUGACAGCUGGUGAAGUGGGAGGGUUGGAGAGUUUCUUUUUGCUGGACUGACCGGUCUCACAAAUUUACUUCCAGUGGGCCGAUGCUCUUUGAGCCUGGGAUUGCACAUUUCCACUACAAAAGCUGAUGGAGGACAUUCAUUUCAUCCUGCAUAGUAAAUAGUGUUUUUCCUACCACUACAGAUAUAUAGAACUGGCAAGCAUGGAUCUGUCGAUCAGCAUGGAUUCACACCUUCAGGAGAAUUGGAAGUGUGUUUUUAGGUACGGGAGAGUGAAAAUGGAGGGAAAGUAUGUGGGAUGAAGAUUUACAGCUUUUGAGGAAAGAAUGAUCCAAAGGAACUAGAAUUGCCUGGUCUGAAUUCCUAUCCCAUACUGACAGUGAUGACCUUUGUAAACUCCUUUUACAGGACAUUGUAAUGGGCAGAUUUGCGGACAGAUUAUCAAACCAAAUGUCAAGUAAGAAUCUAACAGUCACCUGAUUUAUUGGGACCUGAAACUAGAAGAAGAAAUGUUUGUCUGUUUUGUCUGCUCCAAAAGAUUUUAAACAUCAGUGUGACUGGAAAAUCACCGAGACAGAGAGACCUGAGUGAGUGUAUUCCAGUGCAUCGCACCAUUCAUCACAGUGAGAGACGGUGCACGUGUUCUGUGUGUGGAUGAGGUUUCAGCUGAUUGUCAAACCUGGAAAGAAAGAAGGAAACCUGCACCAUGGAGAAACCGUGGAAAUGUGGGGAUUGUGGAAAGGGAUUCCGGAUCCCGUCUGCACUGGAAACCCAUCGACGUGUUCACACUGGGGAGAGGCCAUUCACGUGUUCUGUGUGUGGGAAAGGAUUCUGCACCCCGUCUGCACUGAAGAUUCAUCAAUGUGGUCAUACCGAGGAGAGGCCAUUCACUUGCUCUGAGUGUGGGAAGCGUUUUCUCCAGUCAUCUGACCUGUGGGAUCACCAACGAAUUCACACUGGGGAUAGGCCAUUCACCUGCUCUGAAUGUGGGAAGGGAUUUACUCAGUCAUCCCACCUAGUGGCACAUCAGGGAGUUCACACCAAGGAGAGGCCAUUCACCUGCUUUGAGUGUGGGAAGGGAUUCACGCAAUCAUCCAGCCUGCGGACACAUCAGCGAGUUCACACCGGGGAGAGGCCCUUCACCUGCUCUGCGUGUGGGAAGGGAUUCACUCAGUCAUCCAAGCUGCUGACACACCAGCGUGUUCACACCGGGGAGAGGCCAUUCAUCUGUUCUGAAUGUGGGAAGGGAUUCAGUCUGUCCUCCAAUCUGCAGAAUCACCAGCGAGUUCACAUUGGG